UAGCCGUCACACGGUUCAUUUGAGCCACCAAAUUAGAAUACUGGUCAACCCACCAAUCGCGAACGUUCCCGAGUCCACGUGUCAACAUCGGGUUGCACUAUGUCUUUGAAAGCGCACAGUCCCAGUAAUUAUAGCAAAAUCCAACACAACACAACACAACACGUCUUCUUCAAACCUAUCGCCAGCCGACUAAGACCGACCAUUCUCUGCCACAUCACCAGAACCACCCCAUGUUGCUCAUCCAGCCUAUCGAGAACCACCACGUGUCCCAGCCCAACGGCUAGUUUUCCUGCUUGCUAUAUACACUGGAGUCGUCGGAACCUCGAGUACUUUCUAGUAAAACCAUAAAACUCAGAUAUUUAUAACCGCUUUUGAGAGAGGAUUUCUGUAAUCGACCUAUUUUGGGGUGAAAAAAAACUAGACAUUUUGUAAAGUGGGCGUCAUACUCGCAGAUUGUGUGAAGAUUAUAUAUAUAUAGAAGAUAGUUGGAAGACGGUUUUUGUUUCCUUGUUCAGUAAGCCGUUACGUCAAUCUCCAUUUACUGUCUAUUAAGUUUGGGUUCUACUUGUACAAGCAUAUAUUCGUCUCCAUAGUUGAGUAGAUUUGAGGCUCAAAGUUGAGAUUUUCUAUCGGUAUUCAUUUGCUGGGUUACUUGGUAGUAGGUUAAUUGGUGGGAUUCUGGUAAGGCUAAGUGUUAGGAAUCAGAUCUUGGAGUGUAGAUUCGUGGAAAAUGGCGUUUGGGGAUUCGGAUGAAGGGUACGGAAUGGGGCUGGUGAGGAGCACUUCAUUUGGGAGGAAAAGGGUUUUUUUGUCGAGUCACGGUAUGGAAUUUGGGGAUGAUGAUGAUUGUGUCAGUCUGAAGAGACGGUGCCCUCAAGAUUCCAUAUUUUGGGGAGAGAAAUCUGCGCUCGAGGACUUGCCUCAAGAAAUACUGAUUAGGAUACUGUGUGGUGUGGAGCAUGACGAUUUGAAAAGGCUGUUUUUUGUGUCUAAGGCGAUUAGAGAAGCGAGUGUAAUAGCGAAACAAUCCCAUUUUGCGUACAGCACGCCGAGGAAGACGGUGGGAUUUAAGAGUUUGGAUGAAUUGAUGGAGAUGGAAGCCCCAAAUGCUCCAAAACAGUCGAGGGCUCCACGGCAGAGAUUGAGUGUGAAGAAUCUGGCCGACAUUUCAGUCGCCCUCUUCGCUGAUGGAGAUCUAUUUUCCGAGAAUUGAAGAGUCAUUUUUAUUUUUUUGUAGAGGAGCAAUUGUUGGUUGCUGUUUGGAUGAUCUGAUUGGAUUCUGUCUUCAACUCUUUCCAUUGAAGAAUUGGGGCGGCUUGUCUCUACUUUGUAUGUACAUGUGUGGAUCUCAUGGUGUAGAUACGACAUAUAGGCGGUGUAUAUGUUGUAAUUUAUUCAACAGACUUAAUAAGAAUGAGAAGUGCUCAUCGAGUUAUGUAAA